GUAUGAGAGUUUUUGUGCUGCAACGCCAGAUUCGGGCUCACGCAUAAGAGGCCCAGUAUUGCAAGCCCAGGAGGUAACCGAUUUCAAGAGUCAAGCCCACCAAAGAAGUAUUGUCAACGUCAACGCCAACUAAAGUUGCCGCAGCUGGUCAAUGUUCUUCGCGGCAACUUCUUGCUCCCUUCUUCCAUUCACACUUCUCGUCAUCAUCCCAGAGUCCAACCCAAGCGGCCGCACAAUGAUAAACCGGAGCUAAGCUCCUGAUCCCAGUCCCUACAUCAUCUUCUUCAAUCGAAUUGGCUCCUCCAACUGCCGCAGGAUAAAUGGAGUCCUCCGCCGCUGCUUCUUCUUCUUCCACGCCGCCGCCGCCUGUUGUUCUUCCUACAGGGAAUUACGAGGUCUUCAUCAGCUUCAGGGGUCCCGACGUUCGCAACAGGUUUGCCGAUCAUCUCUACACCUCCUUAGCGCGUGCCAAGAUCCGCACGUUCAGGGACGAAGAAGAGCUCGAGAAGGGGGAAGAGAUCGCGCCUUCCCUAGUCCGCUCCAUCCCGGAAUCGAAGAUCUACAUCCCGAUUUUAACCGAGCGGUAUGCUUCCAGCAAAUGGUGCCUUCUUGAACUGGCUCAAAUGGUGGAGUGCUGGAAGCAGGGGAAGGGACACAUCAUCCUCCCCAUCUUCUACUUUGUUGACCCCAGAGAUGUGCGCCAUCAGCAGGGUCCUUACCAGCAAGCCUUUGAACAGCACGCUCACAAACACAGCCCGCAGAUUGUGAAGGAAUGGAAGGAAGCACUUCGAGAGGUCGGACAAAUGAAAGGAUGGCACGUCACUGGAUCCCUCGGCCACAGCGAGGGAGCUAUUGUAGACGAGGUCCUCUCUAAAGUUGAGUCGCAUUUGAGGAGUAUGUAUACAUUAGUGACCGACGAGUUGGUGGGGAUCGAUACUCUCGUGGGAGAAGUGACGGCACUGUUGAAUUUAGGAUCAUCUAACGAGAAAGGUAUCGUUGGCAUUCACGGUAUGGGUGGUCUAGGUAAAACUACUUUAUCUAAAGCUGUCUAUAACUGUUGUGAAGCAUGUACGUGUGCAUGA